AUGAGUAAAGAAGAAAGCGCAACAAUUGGAGAACCGAUGGAUUCGCUGUUUUCACGUGAACAGCUUCAGAGCAAUAGCAGUGAACAGUGGUGGCAAAAGAAUUUCCUCAUCACCCGACCAUUGCUAUUCGGUACUUGGGAUGGUGUUUUUACCACUGUUUUGGUUAAUAUUUUUGGUGUUAUUGUAUUCCUUCGUAUGGGAUGGAUUGUGGGAAUAGGUGGUAUAAUAAAUGCAGUAAUUUUAUUGAUUAUUUGUACAUCUCUUGCUUUAAUAUCCGUAUUUUCUGCUAUUGGUAUUUGUGAAAAAUGUCAAAUUCAAAGUGGUGGCAUAUAUUUUUUAGUGUCACACAUACUUGGUGGCCAAAUUGGUGGCGCUGUUGGCUUAAUGUAUGCUUUUGGGCAGUCUGUUGCAACGGCAUUAGUUGUCAUUGGUUUCGGCGAAAGUGUCGCACAUUUUUUUGGAAUUGAAAAUUCGAUUGUUCAUAAAUUCAUCGCUAUAAUAGCAUUACUCGCGUUGACAGGAAUUAAUAUGACUGGCGUACGUUGGGUUAUUCGAUUACAACUGAUAUUAUUGCUAUUUUUGAUGCUUGCUGUCAUUGACUUCUAUUUGGGGACAUUAUUUAAAAUCGAUAUUGAACAUGGCAUUGGACAAUUCUCGGUGGUACGAUUCGAUGCAAACAUGGACCCAAUGUACGACGGCUUUAAUUGUUCUCGAAUUGGUAUCGAUGUGCAACAAACUCAUCAGAAUUUUUUUACUGUUUUUGGUGUUUUCUUCGCAAAUUUCCUCGGUGUUUUGGCAGGUGUAAAUAUGAGUGAUGACCUGAGGAAUCCUCAACUUAGCAUACCUGUCGGUGAAUUAUCUGCAAUUGCUGUCAGUUCGACGAUUAUUCUAUCGUUCAUACUUCUCCUCGGAUCAUUAGUUAAUCGUGCUUAUCUGAUUUGUGAUACACUGAUUGCUGAAAAUAUAUCACUUACCGGAUUUUUUUACCUUACCGGACUUUAUGUUUCAUCGUUGAGUUCAACAAUUGGCGCAUUGCUCGGCACUCCACGUGUUAUUCAAAGUAUCGCAUCCGAGGGUAUCAUACCACUUCUCAAUCCAUUAGCGAUUGGACACGGCGCAAAUAAAAGUCCAUUACGUGCAAGCAUUGUAAUGAUUCUUAUUGCAAUUAUUUUUGUAUUACUUGGUGAUUUAAAUCAAUUAGCAAUUCUUUCAACGAUGCCAUUCUUGAUAACUUAUGCUUUCGUUAAUUAUUCCUACGUUUCAUUGGCGAUGAGCUAUGAUCUUCAAGCUGUCAACAAAUUAGCUGCUACAACAAAAUAUGGCAGUAUGGGACAGUUUAAAGAUGGAACGAAUAAUGGUGAAGAAGAUGUCACCGAUUUGGGAAAGUUAUUUCCUGAAAGAAAUUUGCAUAAUUUACCAACUAAAGAAGAAAGUUCCACUUUCAUAAGCGGUGAAUCGCAUACAUGGUACUCAGUUUUCAGCAAUCGUUACAUAUCACUUGUUGGAGCUAUUACAAACAUUCUUAUAAUAUUAUUUAUUAAUUUUUGGUAUGCAUUGCUGCAUUUGCUAGCAUUAGCUGCUUUAUAUUAUUAUAUUGGGCGUAUUUGUCCAUCUGUUUCGCCUGGUAUCAGUCAAUUCUCAUUUCCACAUAUGUUCAAAACCGCAUUUUCAAACUUCGAGACAACUAACGCAGCAAAUUUCACGCGUAUAAUUGCUACGAAAAAUAUUGCUAGCAGUCCGGAAAUUGAAACCGCUGUUGCAACUUUAAAUGAGGAAAAUCCGGACUAUUCAAACCGAAAACGUUAUCACCAUGCUGAACAGGCAGAAGCAGUGAUAAGUGAUAUACAUUGA